GUUCUGACCAGAAACAAACACAUCAGCACACUUGGUGUUAAAAGUUUGCACAACUAGAAAGGACAUCUGUAAAAGACCGCCCCUUGGACAGAUGUCAUCGGUGGUCGCCCCGGCCAAGCAAGCCAACAACAUGGCCCCCAAGGAGGUGGAAUUGAUUCUGGUGAAGGAGCAGAAUGGCGUUCAGUUCACCAACUCCACGCUGGUGAGCCCCGGCCAGACUCACCCUUCAGGGGAGGAGAGGGAGACGUGGGGGAAGAAGAUCGACUUUCUCCUGUCGGUCAUCGGCUUCGCUGUGGACCUGGCCAAUGUUUGGAGGUUCCCUUAUCUGUGCUACAAGAAUGGCGGAGGAGCCUUCCUGGUUCCAUACCUGUUCUUCAUGGUCAUUGCUGGGAUGCCCCUUUUUUACAUGGAGCUGGCUUUGGGACAGUACAACCGAGAAGGGGCAGCAGGCGUAUGGAAAAUAUGUCCCAUCUUCAAAGGCGUGGGCUUCACCGUAAUCCUGAUCUCCUUGUAUGUGGGAUUCUAUUACAACGUCAUCAUCUCCUGGGCCCUCUUCUACCUGUUCUCCUCCUUCACUGGAGACCUGCCAUGGGUCCACUGCAACAACACCUGGAACAGUCCCAACUGCUCCGAGCUCUGGACCUUUAACACCACCCUGAACGAUACCCACAGGUCCACUCCGGCUGCUGAAUACUUUGAGCGAGGUCUGCUGCACCUCCAGGACAGCGAGGGCAUCGAUGACCUGGGCCUCCCACGAUGGCAGCUCACUUCCUGCCUGGCGGUGGUCAUCGUGGUGCUUUAUUUCAGCCUCUGGAAGGGAGUCAAGACCUCAGGGAAGGUCGUCUGGAUCACGGCCACCAUGCCCUAUGUGGUCUUGACUGUGCUGCUGCUCCGCGGUGUCACCCUCCCCGGGGCAAUAGAUGGUAUUAAAGCCUACCUGAGCGUGGAUUUCCUCCGACUCUGCGAGGCCCAGGUCUGGAUAGAAGCUGCCACUCAGAUCUGCUUCUCUUUGGGAGUUGGGUUUGGUGUGCUAAUAGCGUUUUCAAGCUAUAACAAAUUCAGCAACAACUGCUAUAGAGAUGCCAUCAUUACAAGUUCCAUCAAUUCCUUGACCAGCUUUUUCUCCGGCUUUGUCAUCUUUUCCUUCUUGGGGUACAUGUCACAAAAACACAACGUGGCUCUAGAAGAGGUGGCAACUGAUGGACCUGGACUUGUGUUCAUCAUAUAUCCAGAGGCCAUUGCAACAUUACCUGGAUCCUCCGUUUGGGCUGUCAUCUUCUUCAUUAUGUUAUUGACCUUAGGCAUUGACAGCGCUAUGGGUGGGAUGGAGUCUGUCAUCACGGGACUCAUAGAUGAGUUCAAAUUUCUUCACAAGCAUCGUGAGCUCUUCACUCUGUUCAUUGUUGUGUCCACCUUCCUCGUAUCUCUUUUCUGCGUCACCAAUGGUGGGAUUUAUGUGUUUACGCUGCUGGACCACUUUGCCGCAGGGACAUCAAUCCUCUUUGGAGUGCUUAUUGAAGCCAUCGGCAUCGCCUGGUUCUAUGGAGUGGACCGCUUUAGUGAUGACAUCCAGGAAAUGAUUGGUCACAGGCCAGGAUUGUACUGGAGGUUGUGCUGGAAGUUUGUGAGUCCAUGUUUCCUUCUGUUCAUGGUGGUUGUCAGCUUUGCUACUUUUAACCCUCCAAAUUAUGGGACGUAUGUUUUCCCCAUGUGGGCAAACAUGAUCGGAUGGUGUAUUGCCAUCUCUUCCAUGACCAUGGUGCCCCUGUAUGCCAUCUACAAGUUUUGUACCCUACCUGGAAGGUUUUGUGAUAAGGUGGGUUAUGCGAUUACCCCUGAGACAGAACACCACUUGGUGGAAAGUGGAGAAGUUAGACAGUUCACGCUUCGCCACUGGCUUGUGGUGUGAGUGGAGAGGAAAGGAAAAGAGUGCUCACCUCUCCAGUGAAAAAACGAGAUGCCAUACCAAGCUCCCCGUACUGUGCAUGCUGGAUGGUGAAAACUGAAAGUGCCAAAAAACAAAAGAAAAAACUAAAUGAAAAAAGCCGUAAAAAUUGUAAAUGUUUGCUCUGUAGUUGGAAGUGUGGC